AAAAAGCACAUAGAAACCAAGAUACAGCCCAGUAGCCGACCGACCCACCUAUAUAUCUCAUCCCAAAUGUUAAAAUGACAAGUGGGCAUACCAAAGACACAUAUUUAUCCCCAUAUUUUUUUCUCUCUUAUUUAAUUCCCCAACCUCAAACUCUCAAGCUUUCCCUUCCCUUUCCUUUCCUUUCCUUUGGUCAUUUGGUUCUGUGCAUUGACUUUUCUAGGUAUUUGCUUUUCAAUAUAAAUUGAGAUGAGGAAAUGGGAUGGAAGACGGAUUACCCACACCUUUCCCCUCUCUGUCAGACCAUUUCUAUCUUUGGUUUCUGAAUUGAAGUAUGCUUUCCUUCUUCUCUCUCUGUAAUCCUAAUUAUUGAAUCUAAUUGAUCCCUCAAGUCUCAAUCAUGGACCCUUCAGAAUUCACCACCGGUGAUAAGCCGUCGCCGCCGAGGAAAGAACUCCAACUCCAAGGCCCUCGACCGACGCCGCUCAAAGUUCGCAAAGAUUCCUACAAGAUCAAGAAACCACCGCUGCCGCCUCAACCAUCUCAGCCUCUUCCACCACCGCCGCCGCCACAGCCACAACAACCUCGACAACCGGUGAUAAUCUAUACCGUCUCCCCAAAGGUAAUUCACACCACUGCUAGUGACUUCAUGAACCUAGUCCAACGACUCACUGGCCCUGAUUCAUCUUCAUCAUCAUCAACUUAUGUUGAUGAUAGUGGUAGUACUGUCGUUGUUUCGCCGGCGGCACGGUUCGCCACCAUAGAAAAGGCUAAUAACAGUAACAGCCCUUCUGAAGGGGAGAAGUCAAGAAAGGGUAGUCAUGAGGUUAUUGAUGUGGUGGAGCUGGAAGGACUAGAUAUUAAUGGUGGAGCAAGAAGUAUGGGUUUGUUCCCAGGGAUACUAUCACCUCUUCCAUCAUCUCUCCCUCCCAUCUCUCCUAGCUUCUUCUCUCCAGCAUUUCCUGACCCAAACCCACUGGGAUUCUUCCAAGAUUUAAGCCCUAUGUUCCAAAAUAGGAAUUUUAUAGAAGGUACCCAGGUUCCAAGUCCUUCGACUUUCCUUUCUUCAGUUCCUCUUUCUUCUCCUAGUACUCCAUAUAUGGACCUCUUUAAUCAUCAUUUCGACUUCUAGACAUAGAGAGAGAAAGGGAUUGAAUCUUGAAGGGAAGAGGUGAAGGUAAUAGAGAUGUCUGGUUUUUGUAUAAACAAAAGAGGGAUUAGUCUCUUGAAAUGGAUGGCACAAUGUGUAGAGAGAGAGAGAGAGAGAUUUUUUUAUGUCAGUGAUAUAGUUGGAACUUGGAAGGCCUUUAAUGGGCUUUUAAUUUGAUGGGCCAUGUGAUGGGUAAAAUAUGGCAAUUUGUUUCUGA